UUCGAGCGCGUUGGAAGUGUCAGUACUCAGAGGGGAUUGCGGCCAAAAGUAGAUUAUAUUUUGUAUAUAUUUAAUAAGUACAGUAGUUGGGAGUAAAAGAGAAAUGGAUUUGCGAGUGGGCUUUAGUGACAAGCUAAAAUUUUGCGCCAAGUUUAUUGCUCAUAAGGUGGUGCAGUAUAAGUUGGGCACGGGUCACACAAAAGAACUGUCCACCAAGUAUGGCCAGUUGAAGGGUCAACAGCGUAGAACCAUCUACGACAGCGAAAUCUACUACUCCUUCGAGGGCAUACCCUUUGCCCAGCCACCCGUGGGUGAGCUGCGUUUUCGCGCCCCCCAACCUCCGACCUCGUGGCAGGGCGUCAGGGAUUGCACCUAUGCCAGGGAGAAGCCCAUGCAGAGGAACUCCAUUACUAGCACUGCCGAGGGAUCCGAGGAUUGUCUAUAUCUCAAUGUAUAUGCCAAAAAACUGGAGUCCCCCAAACCACUGCCCGUUAUGGUUUGGAUUUGUGGCGGCGGUUUUCAAAUAGGUGGAGCCUCCCGAGAGCUCUACGGACCGGAUUACUUCAUGAAACACGAUGUAUUACUGGUAACCAUCAACUAUCGUGUGGGUGCCUUGGGUUUCCUAAGUCUCAAGGACAAGGAGCUCAAGAUACCGGGAAAUGCGGGUAUAAAGGAUCAAAUCCAGGCACUACGUUGGGUCAAGGAGAACAUAGCCAGUUUUAAUGGUGAUCCCGAGAAUAUAACCGUAUUCGGUGAGUCCGCUGGUGGGGCUUCCAUCCACAUCCUCAUGCAAACGGAGCAGGCCAGAGGACUCUUCCAUCGGGCCAUCGUUCAAUCUGGUUCGGCUUUAUGUGCCUGGGCCACGCAACCGGAUCGAAAAUGGCCCCAACGAUUGGGCAAGGAACUGGGCUAUGCUGGGAGUUUGGAAAGUGAAAAGGAGUUGCUGGAGUUUUUAAAGCAAAUACCGGCCAGCAAAUUGGCCCUAUACUGCAAUGCGAUUGUGACGCAGGAGGAGGAGCGUGACUAUGAGAUAUUGGCCUUUGCCCCCGUAAUCGAACCAUAUGUUGGCGAUGAUUGCGUGAUCCCGAAAUCGCAGCAGGAGCAGUUGUCCAGUGCCUGGGGCAAUCAGAUUCCACUAAUCAUUGGCGGUACCUCUUUCGAAGGACUCUUCUCGUACCGCACCACCCUGGACGAUCGACUUUAUAUGCUGAGUGCCUUCGAGGCAAUUAUACCGAAACAGGUUCGCGAGGCCAUCGACAAGGAUGAGUUGGCCGAGAUGGUGAGGAGGCUGAAGAAGUACUACUUUGACGAUCCCGACAGGGCCAGCAUGGAGCUCUUCGAGUGCCUGCACAUCCUGAGUGUCAAGAACUUUUGGCACGACAUCCAUCGCACUUUGCUAGCCCGACUGGCCUAUGCGAAUGCCUCGUCCACAUAUCUCUACCGUUUCGAUAUGGAUUCCCCGCACUUUAAUCACUACAGGAUGUUGAAGUGCGGCAAAAAAGUGAGGGGUGUGUGCCAUGCAGAUGACUUGUCCUACUUGUUCUACGGAGUGCUCUCCAGUAAACUGGACAAGAAUACACCUGAAUACCGAACCAUUGAGCGGAUGGUUGGCAUGUGGACAGCAUUUGCCACCACUGGAAAUCCCAAUUGCGAUAUUAUCGCUCCCUUAAAAUGGGAUCCACUGCGUCCAGGUGUUGUGGAGCAUUGCCUUAAUAUUGCCGAUGGUGUGGAGUUCAUCCCAUUGCCCGAAAGCAAACAGUUUGUUCUCUGGGAUAGUUUCUACACCAGGGAGAGUCUAUACUAAGGAGAAUUUAUACUAAGAAUCUACACCAAGGAGAUUAAACUUAACAAACCAUAUAAACAAUCAGUCUUCGGGAAAAUCAAAAAGCUUUAAAUGGUGUCUUUGUUAGCUUAAAAAAUGUAAGAUAUUUUAUAAGUGACUCUUUAACCCAAGCCAAAUUGUAACAACAUUGCCAAUAUUAAAAAAAAAAUUCAGUAUACUUAUGGACCAAGUCAAUAAUUAUAAAGAAUACACUUAAUCAAGGUCUGUUACCAUCUGUUCAAGGCAUAAAAUAUUUCUUUUCUCCAAAAUAACACAAGAAUUAACCCAUAAACCGAAUGCGACUCUUCCAAUUAUCCCACACCAAA